AUGGCGACCUUCCCCGAGUACAUCGCCCAGAAUGAGGAACGGGACGGCGUGCGCUUCAGCUGGAACGUGUGGCCGUCCAGCCGUUUAGAGGCUACCCGCAUGGUGGUGCCCGUGGCCGCGCUCUUCACGCCGCUCAAAGAGCGACCCGACCUGCCGCCCAUCCAGUACGAACCGGUGCUGUGCAGCCGUGCCACCUGCCGCGCCGUACUCAACCCGCUCUGCCAAGUGGACUACCGGGCCAAGCUGUGGGCGUGUAACUUUUGCUACCAGAGGAAUCAGUUUCCGCCGUCCUACUCGGGCAUCACGGAGGUCAACCAGCCGGCUGAGCUGCUGCCUCAGUUCUCCACUAUUGAGUACGUGGUUCAGCGCGGCCCCCAGAUGCCACUGGUGUUCCUGUAUGUGGUGGACACGUGCAUGGAGGACGAGGACCUGCAGGCCCUGAAGGAGUCCUUGCAGAUGUCCUUGUCCUUGCUCCCGCCCACGGCGCUGGUGGGGCUCAUAACCUUUGGUCGCAUCGUCCACGUUCAUGAGCUGGGCUGCGAGGGAAUCUCCAAGAGUUACGUCUUCAAGGGGACCAAAGACCUCAGCGCCAAGCAGCUGCAGGAGAUGCUGGGUCUGUCCAAACCGGUGGCCUCUUCCCAGGGACGAGGACCACAAACUCCCCAACAACAUUGCUGGUUUACUUGCAGGUUCCUGCAGUCUGUCCAGAAGGUGGACAUGAACCUAACUGAUCUGCUGGGGGAACUGCAGCGCGACUCCUGGCCCGUGGUCCAGGGUAAGAGGCCUCUGCGCUCCCUGGGCGUGGCAAUGUCCAUAGCCGUCGGCCUGCUGGAGUGCACUUUCCCCAACACGGGCGCACGCAUUAUGACCUUCAUCGGAGGUCCGGCCACACAGGGUCCUGGCAUGGUGGUGGGGGACGAGCUGAAGACACCCAUCCGGUCUUGGCACGAUAUUGAAAAAGACAACGCCAAGUUCAUGAAGAAAGCUGCCAAGCAUUACGAGUCGCUGGCUAGUCGGGCGUCGGCCAGCGGUCACGUGAUGGACAUCUACGCUUGUUCGCUGGAUCAGACCGGACUUCUGGAGAUGAAAUGCUGCGCCAACAAUACUGGGGGUUACAUGGUGAUGGCCGACUCUUUCAACACGUCGUUGUUCAAGCAAACCUUCCAGAGAGUCUUCUCCAAGGACGUUCAAGGCUCCUUCAAGAUGGCCUUCGCCGCCACACUGGAAGUCAAGACAUCUAGAGAGGUGAAAGUGUCUGGUGCCAUAGGACCCUGUGUGUCGCUCAAUGCCAAAGGACCCUGCGUCUCCGAAAAUGAGAUAGGCAGCGGUGGAACGUGUCAGUGGAAAAUGUGCGGUCUGGACCCAAGCACCACCCUGGCGCUAUACUUUGAGGUGGUCAAUCAGCACAACGCUCCCAUCCCUCAAGGCGGCCGUGGAGCGCUGCAGUUCGUCACGCAGUACCAGCACGCGUCAGGACAGCGACGCAUACGAGUCACCACCAUCGCCAGGAACUGGGCGGAUGCGCAGACUCAAAUCCAAAGCAUCGCCGCGUCCUUCGAUCAAGAAGCGGCAGCCAUUCUAAUGGCACGUCUGGCGGUGUACCGCGCCGACACGGAGGAGGGGCCCGACGUCCUCCGCUGGUUGGACCGGCAGCUUAUCAGACUGUGUCAAAAGUUUGGCGAUUACCACAAAGACGAUCCCAACUCCUUCAGGUUUUCCGAGACCUUCUCGUUGUACCCUCAGUUCAUGUUCCACCUGAGACGCUCACCCUUCCUGCAAGUGUUCAACAACAGUCCGGACGAGAGCUCGUACUACCGUCAUCAAUUCAACCGCCACGAACUCACACAGGCGCUCAUCAUGAUCCAGCCUGUCCUCUACGCGUACUCCUUCCAGGGACCGCCCGAGCCGGUGUUGUUGGACAGCAGCAGCAUUCUUCCGGAUCGCAUCCUGCUCAUGGACACCUUCUUCCAGAUCCUCAUCUACCACGGAGAGACGGUGUCUCAAUGGAGGAAAGCAGGCUACCAAGAGAUGCCCGAGUACGAGAACUUCAGGCACCUUCUUCAAGCGCCGGUUGACGACGCCCAGGAGCUGCUGCACACGCGCUUCCCCAUGCCCAGAUACAUUGACACCGAGCACAACGGCAGCCAGGCUCGCUUCCUGCUCUCGAAAGUCAACCCCUCGCAGACACACAACAACAUGUACACUUGGGGACAGGAGUCAGGGGCACCCAUCCUGACGGAUGAUGUCAGCCUGCAGGUCUUCAUGGACCACCUGAAGAAGCUGGCCGUGUCCAGCGCGGCCUAA